AUGUUCUCAGUGAUUUCUGGCCAUCGCCUCUGGUGGGGUGGGCUUCAGAAGAGAAUCUGCCAGAACCAGUCAGUGUUGAGAAGGCAGCGGCUUCAACAACUGCAUGUCAGAGUUGGGGACCGGGCUGAACUCAGCAGGGCCUUCACACAGAGGGAUGUGGCAGUUUUUGCAGAAUUAACAGGGGAUGCUAAUCCUUUGCACUUAAAUGAAGAAUUUGCACAACAAACGAAGUUUGGGAAGACAAUUGUGCAUGGAGUUUUGAUCAAUGGACUUCUGUCUGCUCUCUUGGGUACUAAAAUGCCAGGACCAGGCUGUGUAUUUCUCUCCCAGGAAAUUACCUUCCCAGCCCCUUUGUAUGUUGGGGAAGUUGUUACAGCUGCUGCAGAAGUGGAAAAGCUGAGGCGGUCCAUUGCUCUGAUUGCAGUGUCAUGUUCUGUCAUAGAAAGCAAAAAAAUUGUUAUGGAAGGCCGGGUUAAAGUCAUGGUCCCAGAAGCUCCUAAAUCCUGA